UUUGACCAUGGAGCCACAAAAAUCCACAACCACCCAUACAUAUUCACAACCAUGUCAUUGUCUCACAACAACCAAUUCACAUGUAAAUGUUGCACCUUUGGUUGUUUGUGAGCAUUACCCGGAACAACAAUAAAUUUCUUUGUUAAUUCAUUGGUAUUAUUCAUUAACAACUUUGCUAGCUCUUUAGUUAGUUCUCCAAAGAAGUGAGAAACCAAUUACUCAAAUUUUGGUUUCCACUUUGUGUAUAGUUCUAAAUUCUAAUAAUGGGAAAUAGUUUAGGUGGAAAAAAGACCACAAAGGUGAUGAAAAUCGAUGGUGAAACUUUCAAGCUAAAGACACCGGUGAAAGUCGGCGAAGUGCUUAAGAAUCAUCCCGGUCUUGUCUUGUUAGAAUCUGAGGAAGUGAAGCAUUAUGGAGUGAGAGCGAAGCCAAUGGAAGCACACAAAGAGUUAAAGCCGAAAAGACUUUAUUUUCUUGUGCAACUUCCAAAGGAAAGUAUAGCUACGAGAAGGGUUCGUUCCGUGAUUAAUAUGAGUGCUAAAGACAGGCUCGAGAGUCUGUCUUUAGCACGAAGGUCAGCUUCUGACCUUACGAUUAUUAAACCAAUGAAUAACUUCGAGGGGAGGGAAGAAUUGAAGAAUGGCGGGGUGAGGUUGAAAAUGAGACUUCCAAAGGCAGAAGUUGAGAAGUUGAUGCAAAGUAGCAAAGAUGAGGCUGAAGCUGCUGAGAAGAUUAUGAAUCUUUGUAUGGCUAAUGGUAGCAAUGACAAGAAGCAAAAAAAGGAAAUGCUUUGGAAGGGUAGCAAAGGAGAUGGUGAAUUCAAAAAGGCUUAUGAGAAAAGGGUGAGUUUUAUGCCAAUCAAUGAAGGAAGUAGUAGUUCCAUAGCAGUGGUUUCCUAACCUUGAAGAUAAACUUGGAACCCUCACUUUUGCUCCUAGUGAUAGGCUAGACUUCUAGCUAUCUUGCAAAAUGAAUGAAAUUUCUAAAGCUUUUCUUUUUAAUGCUUAGUUUAAUGUAAGAGUCUUGUACUUAUGUAAUACUCUCUCCGUAACAAAAUAUAAGCAAAAAUUAUUUUGUUUAUAUUUUGUCACAGAGGGAGCAUAUGAAUGACGAAUCACAUGUACUGUGGUUAUUUCAAUAAUUAAAACAUGGUGUUUGUAAUCUUAGUGCAUUAUUAAUACAACGCCAUUAUAGUUGUAUGCUAGUAUACCUGAUUUAACAUUACUCUUUAAAUAAUAUACUAAAAUAUUUGACAAAACAAUGACUUGAUGCAUUGUUUCC